AUUGUAACGGUGGGCGGUGCACCCUGUAGCAGCGGUUACGUUAACUCCAAUUUCUCACCACCUGUUGCCUGCAGCUUGACAGCACCACUGGCAAUUAUUUGGUAUUUGCUUUACGGUCCUUUACCAUUAAUGGCUGUUUUUCGCAGGCAUUUGUGAUUUGAGUUUUGAACUGUGAUCAACGAAGUACUAGUACUGUAAAUUAUCUGUAGCUUUUUACUGCCUCCGAAUCCGUGCAGUUACCUGGCUGUUGUUCCCACUGGUUCAGUGUUUACCAUCGCUGCGGAAUUCAUCCCCUCUUGCUCUUUGCUGCAUCUCAGGGAAGACCAAGCCAGACAACUGAAAAUGCAUCUGUAUGAGGACAAUGAGCGAUCUGUGUAUGCGUGGAAUGCUGUGGACGUGGAGAUUGACGGGGUCCUUCAGCAUGGCCAUGUCAUCGGUCUGGAAGAGAAGUCUGGGGACGAUAGCUCUCCGUCGCGACUGAUCGUUGAUUUCGGAAGCCCGUUGCAGUGUUGCGUGGUGGGAUACGGGAAGAUCUGGGAUAGCUCUAUCGAGCGAUUUGCUGACGCUGGCAUGGGCACCGUUGUAGAAGUCCUGUUGCAUGACGGCGGGGAUGGCGUGUGGAAGUGGUAUCCCGGGAAAAUGCGGUGCAGAUGGUUCAGAAACCUGCCUGAUGUGUCGCUGGUGGAAGUUAAGAUGGGCGGGGAGCAUCGUCGUGAGCUGGUUCCCGACCGCCAGAUUCGGAAUUCGGCGGGAGACGGCGGCCAACCACAGCUCGUUGCUGCGGAUCAUUUCAGCAUCCAGUCGUGUGGUGUGCCUGACGGUUACUGGGCUCUGCAGCCGUCUGCUGCGGCGCGGCUGUUGAAGCAAGUAGAGCGAGAAUUCCACGUGCUGUUUACCAAGGUGCUCAGUCAGACGAUGCUGGUUCUGCGACGACGCCAGGACCCGCCUCUGACGGCCGAAGACGUGGCGAGGGUGUUCGACAGAAAACGACAGCAUCCGCUGUUUCACGGUCAGUUACUGGAGAAAAUCGGAAAAUCGGAUUCUGGACGCAAGCGAAAAAUACGGCGGGAUGUCGGUAGAGACGGGUUGGCGUUGACAUUGGACGUGCUGAAAGAAGUCUUCCUGUCACUGGACACCGUCGAUCGUCAGCGCUGUCGUCGCAUUUGUCAGCUGUGGGAAGCCAUUCUCACGUCGGCGGAGCUGUCCCAGGAGGUGCGGGUCACAAAGCACCCGCUGGAUCCUUUGUUGCCCGGACAGUGGGGUAAUCAUUACGUUAAGUACGCCUGCCUCUUCAAGUACAUCACACCGAACACGCGCACCAUCUGUAUGCGUCUAACCGAAACGAGAUACCUCCACCGAUGGAACCUAAAUGAUGUCGAUGAAACGCUGGAGGAGAGUAAGAAGCUCGUGGACGACGCCGGCAUCCGUAUCCAGCGUUUCAUCAUCUACCAGCGACUGAUCAAGAUCGAAGCAGCAUUUUCGGGUUAUGAAUGGAGUUGGGGCCAGGUAUCGGCCACGUUCGCCGCGCACCUGUCCCGGCUCGUGGCGUGCUGUGACCGGGUGAUCUGGACGGAUUAUUUCUUGGCCCUGAUGGACCGGGAUCGGCAGCCCAUGAUGUUCGCCAAAAUUCCACCGGCCGUCUUCACCCCGGGGCAUGUCGAUGAGGCGCGCAUUGUGAACUUGUGGGAACAGCAUCUGCGACGCUACCGCGUGCGGCCGCCGUCGAAGCUGUACUCCAACACGCAGCGCGUGGACGUCCGGAUUGACAGUGCAGUGAAGGCCAGGAAAUGGAUUGAGAUUUUACGGGAGUACCAGUCGUGUGAUCCGCGCCCCUCUUCUUCUUAUCGGCGUCGCACAUGGACCAUGUCCGAUCUGGCCGACCUGGAGCUGCGUGCGCUGAACAGAUUCUGCUGGAUUGCCUUAUUGCACUACCUGCCGGAUGGCAGAUCGGUGGACAUCGUCUGUCCGGAAUGAUGGCGCCCUCACCGAGUGAACCGCGGAGUCCUUCAGCGAAUCCCUUCGGCGGUUCCAAGAAUGUUGACGUAUAACAUUAUGAAUUUCUGCAUUUUGAUGACAUGCUUAUCCAAUUCCGAAUUGUGGCUUUUUCACCGAUGUUCUGUUAGAUCCCGUCAAGUAUGACCAAAUACGACCGGUGCAACUUUCCUAUAGAUGUUUUAACA